AAAAAUCAAACCAACUUUCAACAACUACUCCACAAGCUUUAUUUACAUAUCACUUUGCCUGAUAUCAGAAGUUGUAUAAAAUAGGUGAUCUGCAUAUAUUUAAACUUUAAAAACAAAAUUACGAUAAUAGCUUCGCUCGUAGUGAGUGACACAACCCCUUACCUCGUGUGAAAAUAUACAACAACUGAUAACCACACACGUGUUCCUGAAAUCAUUUCACGUAUUUUGUUAUCAACAUAUUGUUCACGAAACCUACGUUCUAAAUUACGCGUUGCAUAAUUUAAUAGUUUACUAACUGUAUUCUGAAUAAUGACGCAUGUGAGGCUAAAAAUUCAAAAUGUGAGACGAACUAUCGACAAAACAGAGAAACUGGUGACAUCUUCCACACGAGAGUUUACAUAAUAGAAUGACGCGUUAUACGGUUCUAUAAAAUAAGUUUAUGUCUGAACCAUGUCAUUAAAAUCAUGGCUUAAAGGUAAGGGUUGUUGACACAUUAAGGUAUUUAAGAAAAAACGUUUAGGUUUGAAGUUCUGGCCGCCUUUAUUUCAGGGUAAAAUCCCCGCUGGUCAUCAGACAGACACCUGGAAAGGUCACAGAGUUGACAUUUCAUUAGGCAGAAUUUGAGGUUCUCACGGUGGCGAAUACGAAGAAGCCAGCCAUUUUCGACGUUUCAUUGAAUCAAAGAGUUCUAAACGCCGUAGUUUAGUGGCUACGAUUCCAGCUUCGCAUUGUGGAGACGAGAUACCAAAUUCGAAUCCAAAAACACGUAGAGAAAAGACCGCUUGGACAUGUAGGCAUAGGCCUAGAUGGCAAAAUAAUGGUGACAUGGUUAUUAAAUAAAUAGGGUGUGAAUGUUAACUGGUUUCUUUCGGCUCAGGGUCGUGUCUAGUGGCGGACUCUUUCGAACAUGGUAAUAAACCUUCGAGUUGUAUAAAAAGAAAGAACAUUUCUUGUUAUCUGAGCCACUAUUCUUUUUCAAAGAACGGUUCGGCAGUAAUGAGUUAGUUGUUUAGUCGAUUAGUCAUUAAACACAACCUCAGACUACAUUCUAAUCGAAUUAUAUUACCAACAGUAAAAACAUCGGCUACUACCCAUGACGGCAACUGAAUACAGGAUGAAUACGAAAGAGAGGGCCCUUUGAAAUACACGUCACUAAUUUAGAUAUGACCAUACUGAUUACCUUGCCCACCGGCUAAACAACGUAUCUCCGAACAAUACAACGUCGCUUACAUAUAAAACCGCGGGAUUCUUGAUAACACUUUCUUUUAGUCUAGAUCCAUAUUCUGCCACUUAAUGUUGUCAUAUAUAGGCGCACGCAGGGCCAGUAUCUUGACACAGCACUCUUGAACGUCGCUGUGAUGCGUUUGUUUGAGCAGCGGAUGCAAAGGCACAACUAUUCUAAUACUACGUUUAAAAACAUUUCAGUUUCACUGAGGAGUUACAUAUUAUAAGCGAAACAGAAUCACGAGUUUGAUUACGACAGCUUCUGCAUCUAUAGGCCUAUAAAUUACACUGGCUCUGCUGAAACAGUCAUAGUAAAAGUAAAAGUUUUCAGGUACAAUGAAGUGGUGUGACCAGUGUCUUCUGAUGUUGUUUUUCCUAAUCAUAUCAAAACUCUGGCCACAGGAAAUUGAAGGCUGGACUAUUUCGAGUAAGGGAGGAUUGAAGAACGACCUAAGAUUUAGUCUAAUUUUUCCAGGGACGAAAUGGUGUGGGUCUGGGAACAUUGCUGCCAACUUUACGGACCUUGGAUCAUCCCAGGAAACGGACAAAUGUUGCAGAGAGCACGACAGUUGUCCAGAUAGCAUAGAGGCGGGGCAUUCCAAGCAUAAUCUCACUAAUAACUCUUUCUACACAAAGCUACACUGUAAAUGUGAUGAUGAAUUUUAUUACUGUCUGAAAAAGAACGACGACUUCGGGUCUAAAGAAGUUGGUAUAACGUACUUCGACGUGCUUGGCACACAGUGUUACAAGAAAGAUUAUCCCAUCGUGCGGUGCAAGAAAUACAACCCAAUACUAAAGUCGAGGUGUGAGAAGUAUGAAUUGAAUGACACGCUGGAGAAACAAUGGCAAUGGUUCGAUGUUCCAGUGUUCUGACGUCACUGCUGUACAAGACAUGCGUACUUGCUUUAAAAUGCA